UUCCGCGCCUGGAUUCUGCGUACCCCGCAACCUGGCCUAUCCGCUGCGGCCGCCCCACGGACCCGAGCGCCCUCCACUCGCCCAGACUCGGGUGACGUCGGCGGCUGGGGCGGCACCCGUCCUCCCCGCCCCCAGCACACACGCGCGCGCACACACACCUCAGAAGGGGAAACUGAGGCCGGGCGCGCACAGGACCCCGCCAAGGUCACGGCCGGCGGCCGGCAGCGCGACGCGCGCGGGGAGGCGGCGGGCGGGGGCGCGUGGUCCGACUCCCGCUCCCUCCGGACCCCGCGCCCCGCCGGCCGGCCUACCUGGGGCCGCGCCGGGCACGGGAACGGCUCGCGCUGGGCGGCUGCAGGCACCGAGAGCGUUGAGGGUGAGGCCCCCAGCAGUGAGACUGGCACAUCGCUGGACAGCCCCUCUGCCUACCACCAGGGGCCCCUGGUGCCUGGUUCCAGCCUGAGCCCAGACCACUACGAGCACACGUCAGUGGGUGCCUAUGGACUAUAUGCGGGGCCAGGGCCACAACAGCGCACUCGGAGGCCCCGGCUGCAGCACUCGUCCUCCGUCCUGCGCAAGCAGGCUGAGGAGGAGGCCAUCAAGCGCUCGAGGUCACUCUCUGAGAGCUAUGAGCUCUCCUCAGAUCUGCAGGACAAGCAGGUGGAGAUGCUAGAACGUAAGUAUGGGGGACGCCUCGUGACCCGCCAUGCAGCCCGCACCAUCCAGACGGCUUUCCGCCAGUACCAGAUGAAUAAGAACUUCGAGCGCCUGCGCAGCUCCAUGUCAGAGAAUCGCAUGUCGCGCCGCAUUGUGCUGUCCAACAUGAGGAUGCAGUUCUCCUUCGAGGGCCCCGAGAAGGUGCAUAGCUCCUACUUUGAGGGCAAGCAAGUUUCAGUGACCAAUGAUGGCUCUCAGCUGGGAGCCCUGGUGCCAUCCGAGUGUGGAGAACUUGGUGAGACAGCCCUCAAGUCUCCAGCCCCUUCCAGUGACUUCACGGAUGCCAUCACAGAGCUGGAGGAUGCCUUCUCCCGGCAGGUGAAGUCCCUGGCUGAGUCCAUCGAUGAUGCCCUCAACUGCCGCAGCCUGCACAGCGAGGAGGUACCAGCCCCAGACACAGCCCGGACCAGGGACUCCGAGCCCAAGCCCAGCCUGCACAGCAUGGAUCACCGAAAGCUGGAUGAGAUGACAGCCUCGUAUAGUGACGUCACUCUCUACAUUGAUGAGGAAGAACUGUCGCCACCUCUGCCGCUCUCACAGGCUGGGGACCGACCUUCCAGCACUGAGUCGGACCUGCGUCUGCGGGUUGGGGGUGCAGCCCAGGACUACUGGUCCUUAGCCCACAAGGAGGACAAGGCUGACACGGACACGAGCUGCCGAAGCACACCAUCACUGGAGCGGCCAGAGCCACGGCUGCGGGUGGAGCAUCUCCCUCUGCUCACUAUUGAGCCGCCCAGCGACAGCUCUGUGGACCUCAGUGACCGCUCAGACCGUGGCUCACUCAAGAGGCAAAGCGCCUAUGAGCGUGGCCUUGGUGGGCAGCAGGGCAGCCCCAAGCAUGGCUCCCACGGUGGCCCCCCCAAAGGCCUCCCCCGGGAGGAGCCUGAAUUACGACCCCGGCCUCCCAGGCCCCUUGAGAGCCACCUGGCCAUCAAUGGCUCAGCCAACCGGCAGAGCAAGUCUGAGUCAGACUACUCAGACGGAGACAAUGACAGCAUCAACAGCACAUCCAACUCCAACGACACCAUCAACUGCAGCUCUGAGUCCUCAUCACGGGACAGCCUUCGGGAACAGACCCUCAGCAAGCAGACAUACCACAAGGAGACCCGAAACAGCUGGGACUCACCUGCCUUCAGCAAUGAUGUCAUCCGCAAGAGGCAUUACCGCAUCGGCCUGAACCUCUUCAACAAGAAGCCUGAGAAGGGCGUCCAGUACCUCAUUGAGCGUGGCUUUGUGCCUGACACACCAGUGGGGGUGGCCCACUUCCUGCUGCAGCGCAAGGGCCUCAGCCGCCAGAUGAUUGGUGAGUUCCUGGGCAACCGACAGAAGCAGUUCAACCGCGACGUGCUCGACUGUGUGGUGGACGAGAUGGACUUCUCUGCCAUGGAGCUGGACGAAGCCCUCCGGAAGUUCCAGGCACACAUCCGAGUCCAGGGGGAGGCUCAGAAAGUGGAACGGCUCAUUGAGGCCUUCAGCCAGCGGUACUGUGUCUGCAACCCUGGGGUGGUACGACAGUUCCGGAACCCAGACACCAUCUUCAUCCUGGCUUUCGCCAUCAUCUUGCUCAACACAGACAUGUACAGCCCCAAUGUCAAACCUGAGCGUAAGAUGAAGCUGGAGGACUUCGUCAAGAACCUCCGAGGUGUGGAUGAUGGCGAGGACAUUCCCCGAGAGAUGCUGAUUGGGAUCUAUGAGCGGAUCCGGAAGCGGGAAUUGAAGACCAACGAGGACCAUGUGUCCCAGGUGCAGAAGGUGGAGAAGCUCAUCGUGGGCAAGAAGCCGAUUGGAUCCUUGCAUCACGGGCUUGGUUGUGUGCUUUCUCUACCCCAUCGGCGGCUAGUCUGCUACUGCCGGCUUUUUGAGGUUCCAGACCCCAAUAAACCCCAGAAGCUAGGGCUGCAUCAGCGAGAGAUCUUCCUGUUCAACGACCUCCUGGUGGUCACCAAGAUCUUCCAGAAGAAGAAGAACUCGGUGACAUACAGCUUCCGGCAGUCCUUUUCCCUAUACGGCAUGCAGGUCCUGCUCUUCGAGAACCAGUACUACCCUAAUGGCAUCCGGCUGACAUCUGCUGUCCCUGGAGCAGACAUCAAAGUGCUAAUAAACUUCAACGCUCCCAAUCCUCAGGACCGGAAGAAGUUCACUGAUGACCUGCGGGAGUCUGUAGCUGAAGUGCAGGAGAUGGAAAAGCACCGGAUAGAGUCUGAGCUCGAGAAGCAGAAGGGUGUUGUGCGACCCAGCAUGUCACAGUGCUCCAGUCUCAAAAAGGAGUCAGGCAACGGAACACUGAGCAGGGCCUGCUUGGAUGACAGCUAUGCCAGUGGCGAGGGCCUCAAGCGCAGCGCCCUUAGCAGCUCCCUGCGUGACCUCUCAGAAGCGGGGAAGCGAGGGCGUCGCAGCAGUGCGGGAUCGCUAGAGAGCAAUGUGGAAGGCUCCAUCAUUAGCAGUCCUCACAUGCGCCGGAGAGCAACAUCAACACGAGAGUGUCCAUCUCGCCCCUCCCAGCCCAUGUCCAACUCCUCCUCCCUCCUGGGCUCCUUGUUUGGGAGCAGGAGAGGGAAGCCCCCUCCCCAGUCCCACCCACCCUCAGCCCCUCCGCCAGCACCCCCUCAUGCCCACCACCCUGGGCCCUCAGAGGUCCCACCACAGGUGCAUGGGCACCACGGGCAGUACUGCCAUGUGCAGCAGAACCCAUCCCUCGCUCACAACCACACCCAGCAACACCCAUACCUGCAGCACACCCACCAGUACCACCACGGCCCACAUGGUGGGCAUCCCCCAUAUGGUGCCCAUGCUCAUGGCCACCCACCACUGUCCACAGCCCACCCCAGCCAUUCGGGGCAUGCAGCACACCAUCAUGGGCAGCCCCCGGCCCCCCCACCCCCCACCAGCAGCAAGGUCAAGCCCAGUGGCAUCAGCACAGUUGUGUAGACGCCUAGGCAGCUGCCUCCCAUACACCAGGCACACGGGCCCACUGGGCACCAGCCUCAGACCAGCCCAGGGCACUGCUAUUUCCAAUCCUGCCCCCACAGCCUGGUGGGCUCACCUUCCACGGAGCAGAGCUCCCCAUCUGACUUAGCCCUGGCACCAGGUCCUCCCUCGUCCCGAGGCUGGGCCUCAGCCACCAUUGGCCUUGACACAGUGCUGGCCAAGGAGACAUGGAACUGCUUCCCAUCCUGCCAGCCCUCAGCCCCUUACUCUACACAUAUCUGAAAACCCAAGAUACAAAAGUCAGACAAAACAACUACGCCCCCUAGACUUGCUGCAUUAUUGCUCUGUUAUUGACAAUGGG